AUGCCUCUCCUUUGGGUGCUGCUUCUGCUGCAGUGGUCCAUACCCAGAGUUCUCCCCUGUCCGCCUCUCUGCACCUGCACAUCUGCCCAGGCCGCACAGGAGCCCAGGUCUGUGCUGUGCAGUGACCCAAGGAUCCUCACUGUCCCCACCAAUGUCCCCAUCAACACAGUCAAGCUGAGGCUGGAGAGGACCCAGAUCUCCAGGCUCCCCCGGGCAGCCUUCUACAAUCUGUCAGAGCUGCGUUUCUUGUGGUUGACCUACAGCACUCUGAGAUCCGUGCAUCCCAGCAGUUUUGUCAACCUGAAGACUCUCAGGGAGCUGCGACUGGACGGGAACCAGCUCACCACCUUCCCAUGGGAGGGGCUUAGAGACACGCCCCGCCUCCAGAUCCUAGACCUCCACAACAACCGCCUGUCCAGCCUCCCUGCACACGCUGCUCUGUCCCUGGCUAACAUCACCUUUCUGGACCUUUCUAGUAACAGAUUGACGCUGUUACCUGCGGAGCUGCUUGACCUGUGGUUUCCUCUGCCUGGACAGCAGCAGAGCACUGUCCAGAGGAGAGUGUUAGGUCUCCAUGACAACCCAUGGCAGUGUGACUGUCAAAUCUCCAUGGUAGCGUCCCUGUCGGUGUCCCUGGGAAGCCCUGUGGUUCUGGUGGACCCUGUGCUGAUAUGCGUUCGUUCUGUGGGUCAGGGCGGGGCUCUGCUGAUGCCUGUGCAGUGGUCUCGCUGUAUGAGACCCUCCGUCCAGCCUGCAGCCACCCGUGUCGUGUCCCCCCUCGGCAGCAACGUCAUCCUGCGCUGUGAGGCCACAGGCUACCCCACACCCACCCUCAGCUGGGUCAAGGCGGCUGCAUACUCAGAUUGCUGCCAACAAGAGAUUUCCCCAGAUGCUGAUCAGCUGCCAAAGAGCCUGCAAAGCUUCAUGCAGGGCAGUCCUCGGGUGGGCGUGCGCUGGUCUGUCAUCAGCUUAAAUGGACUUUCCUAUAAUGACGCCGGGGAGUACCGCUGCCAGGCUAAAAACAUGGCUGGUAUAUCCGAAGCCCCCAUCAAACUCCGCAUCGUGGGAUUGAGCAGAACUAACCGACCACCGAAGAAACCUCCACCUUCUCCAAAACAACCACCCCAAAAGUCCAACAGAAGACCCAACCAGCUUUCUCCUCUGGACUCAAUAAAAAGACCAAACGCCGCAAAAUGA